AUGUACGUUGUUGAGUUGAGGCUUUGUGGCAAGAUUGCAGUUGAGACUCCAGUGAAGGUCGAAAUGCCAUCCCGGAAAGGCAAGUCAAUAAUUAAUGUCCUUGCACAAGCUGUAACGGUCGUCGUUCCCACGCUCCGCUUGAGCAGGACACAUUGGGUGACGGUUGAGAAGCCGAAACGAGACACUACCAGGUACAAGUUGUGCUGUAUGUCAUCACUGACGUCCCACCCUGUCUGUUUUAUUGUCAUCGACCUGAGAUUCUUCUGCCUGGCACGGAGGUUGGCCGGUGCGAAUUUGGUCGAGAUGAUGGAUGGUCAGUCAAAAUUCGUUGACCAAGAAAGAUCGAAAUGGAAGAACCCUGUUGAUAACAGCGGUUUGCAAAUGGCUCCAUUCGAUCAGUGA